UGAAGUUUAACGUUAACAAUGUAAUAAUAAUACUAACGGCUUCAUACCCGCCAACCAAAAUUCGAAAAUUACUUCACUUUUCCUCUCUUCCACUUUUUCUUCCUUAAUCCUUUUUAAAUUUUAAUAUAGGAUCACGCCUAGCUAAAAAGUCCACACACACAUUAUAUACAAUAAGCAUCUCCAUUUCCUGUUUAAACCAAUCCCUUUUAAUAUUACUUUCUCUCCUAAAGAUUUUUCAAAAAAAUUCGAAAUCAAAAUCUAAGGAAUGGGUUGUUGUAUCAGCAAAUGCUCUCCAAAGACGAAAGAUUUCAAAGAAGCAGAAGAAUCUCAUGAGAAGUACUGUUAUGUUCCAGAGAAGCUGUUCAUGUCGCGUUGUCCAAGUCGUGUUUCUCCACUUAAUCUUCCGGAGAAGAACCGGUUUAAUCCUAUCCCUGUCCCGGAUAAGUUUAUACAUAUCCCGGAUAAACUCCUUCCUCUUUCUCCUCCUGUAAAGUUGGCAUCUUUCUCUCCAAUCCAACCUUCAACCACAAGCAACUCUACUCUCAGCUCAUCAAGCUCCUCACUUUCGACAGCUUCUUCAGUCUCGGUUUCGAAGGAGAGAUCUUUCUCCAAUGAUUUCUUGCGUGCUUGUUACCAAGAGAAUUCACAUGUUGCUCGAAUUCAUUCUUUAAGAGAAGCUUCUCUAUCAAUGAAAACCACAAAACCGGGAUAUCCUAGCCGGUUCGAUUCUCCGGUUUUACCAUACCGGUAUUCAACAACACCAAACAGAGCAAAUGAAGAUCCGAAAAGAGGAUCAAAUUGUUCUAAGAGAACUCGAGAGCCAUCACCAAACCAUCGUGCAUUGACACGACAAAAGAGUUUUCGUCAAGAUCAAGAAAGAGUUAUUAUGUCCUCUUCAUCAAAUUCUUUAACCAAGGGAAAGUACUUCAAAUCGCCAUCUCCAAGCAGGAGAUAUGAGGGCAAUUUCUUGAAAUCUCCAUCUCCAAGCAGGAGAUUUGGUAUGACGGCGACUGAUUUGACGGUAAAAUCAGUCUCUUCUUGUGUAAGGAAAGAUAGUUUAGAUCUGUCUGGUCGCAAGACUUGUCAGAAGAGCAACAGAUCAGAGCCUCGGAUUCAUCGCAUAAGUUCUAAGAUCGACGAAAAAAUUAUCAGAGAAGUAAUCACAAACCAUAAGGAACCAGUGGUUCCAAUAUUCGAAGAAGUCGGCAAUCCUCUGAUUGAUUUGGAUUGCUUUAUCUUUCUUUAAGGAGAAGCUUUUAAUUUAAUUUUGUUUGGAAGAUGUGUUUGUGUGAACAGAUAGUUUGUGUAAUUGUUUGAGAUUUUUUCCAUUUUCUUUUGUUUGUUAUAGGUUUGUGAUGAUGAUCAAGUAGAUCAAAACUCUUAUACUUACUUUUUUUUCAAAAAAAUCUACUUUUAUCUGUAUGCAUUUGAAAUAGUUUGGAUUGAAUACAGCUACGGGAGCUUAUUAUUGCCA